AUGGACAAGAAGAACGGUUCGCAGCAACCCCAACCAAACAAUACUGUCCAAAGGCAUCCGAAUCUCCGCAAGUUCAGCCCCCUACUUCUCGUCACCUUCAUCGCCGCCGGCUUAUUCCUCGUCUUUACCCCGACAACCACCAAAUCCUUCUCCAAACCAGAGCCUCCCCCCUAUAUAUGCCCAACUGAAAUCGACGUUAUAUUCCCAGGCGGCUGGAAUAGCCUCAAACCAGGGAAGUAUCGCAUGUCCGACAUACACCUGUUACAUGAUGUUCUCGCUAGGUGCGACACCGUCAAGACAAUCAAAAUAAGAAAUGACAAUAGUGGAUGCGAGUCUCCGACCAGAUACAGCCUGCCAUUCGACUUUCCCUCAGGAACACCCUAUCCGUCUCAAAUCAAAGAACUUGAACUCAUGGCCUACAAUUUCAAUGAGAAUGAUUGGGAACGUGCAGAGAGCUACCGCCCGUCUCUUUUUGACUAUCGAAAUGUCCUUAGAUGGUUUCAGUGGGGGGGUGGGAAAAUUUGGUUGAAGGGGUUGCUGCUGCGGCAGAAGCAUUUGACAAAUCUGGAUCUUUGGCUCAAGUCAAUGGACUUUUCGCACAUCGAAACGUUUUCUUACAGACCCACAGACGACUGGUACGUUCCAAACGCGACGCCUCUGACUUCGCAUCUCCCCUCGCUCAAAUCCUUCACGGCGUACGGGCCCUGGGCAAAGGACUUCAUCCUCGCGCUUCCCCAGGACUCUCUCACGCACCUCGCGUGGAUUCACAGCGGCCAGACCGGCACCUCUGCACUCCCAAUCCUGCGACACCACGCAAAGUCGCUCAUGAGUCUCAAAUUUCACGAGCCCGAGAGCGUAUAUCGUGAGAGGAGGGUCAUGACUGCCGACGAGAUCGCGGCCCUAGGAUCCACGUUGCCAAACUUGCGCUCAAUCACGCUGGACAUCAAGCAGAAUGGCACCUGGGGGUGGGACCAUCUCGAAGCGCUGGCCACGAACUUCCCCAACCUGGAGAACGCCACCAUAUUCUACGAGAUGGCGAGCGAUUGUCGCAGACAGCUUAAUCCGUCGUUUGAAGUGGCCUAUGUAAGGCAGGGCAGGAAGGAGAGGGAAAUCGAACUGGGUUGCGAGGGGUCAAAUGCGAUGGCGCAGCCUUCACUGGGCGUUCACAACGCCCCCGUACCCUUUGAGUUCCUCGUCAAGAAAAACGUUGGAGGCAAGCUGAAGCAGGUGGUGUUUUAUUCAGGCGGAUGGGAGGAUCGUGACGAAGGGGGCAUGUUGUAUUUCGACUGGGUACACCAACAUCGAGCGUGGGCUGUUUGUCGGGUUAUCCAAGAUGAGAACAGCCUCGCGGCCGACAUCUCCACCCCCGCAAUCUUUGAUGAAGGAGACAGGGUGAUUGGGUGUCAGAAUGCCAAUAAGAGGAGGUUCAAGACCAUAUCUGACGUAAAGAGCCGGCGGACUGGGUUUGAAGUUACGAGCUUUGAAAAGCCAGAUCAGGACCUGGCCAAACAAGUCUCGAGAAUGGAACUGUGA